UUUGGUACGAGAACCGAUCUUUCCAUGGGGUCGACGUCUGCGACGGCGGCGACAGCAGCUUUGGCCUCCCUGUCAUGCAACCAAGAGCACAUACGGGAAACCCUCAAACUGAGAUACUGCUCGCAGGUAUCCAUGAGUGCCCUGGACGACGACGACGACGUGAUCCAUGCCCACAACUCGACCAAGCCCGCAAAGUCGCGCAUCAUGCGCAAGUUUGAGAAUGUCCAAGCCACGCUUGGUAGCGAACUCAUCGUCAACAGGCGCAACGUCAUGGAGCACUCGGCGACGCUGCCCAUGCUCAACACGCACAAUGGAGCGCUGGUGAUCAUUCCUCCCUUGACACGGAGUGCCACCGACCCGACGCCACACACGGGGCAGGCGAUCUUUGGCCGCCCCAGCUUCGACAACCACGCGUCGAGUCGGCACCUCGACCAUCCUUCUCGACGCACGAGCGAUCUCUAAGUUAUUCCACCAAACAACACCAUCAUCGAUAAUAUAUCAUGUUGUAUC